CGCCGCCUCCUCCUCCUCCUCCUCCCCACCCCCGCCGCAUUCCCCAACCAAAACCCCCCCCAAAACCGCCCGGAGAAAUGCCGCUGCUGCCGCGCCGGCCGCCGGCGGCGCUCUACGUCCCGGUGCGGGGCCUCCUCGAGGCCCGCGUGCCGUGGGGCCGGGACCGCGCGCUGGACCACGUCGUGGAGCGGGAGCGCCACCUCGUGCCCUUCCUCCUCACCAAGGACGCGCUCCUCACGGCCGCGCCGCCGCCGCACGCCGUGCCGCUCCACGCGCUGCCCUCCACCAUCCCCUUCCCCUUCCGCCCGCUCCGCUUCCUCCGCCUCUACGCCUCCGCCUUCGCGCUCUCGCCGCACCCCGUCACCGUCUCGCCCACGCACAGGCUCAGCGCGCUCCACCUCGACGAGGCGCAGGCCGUCGACGCCACCCGCGCCGACGCCGCCGACCGCCUGCUGCGCCUCCUCAUGCUCGCGCCCUCCCGCGCGCUCCCGCUCCACCUCGUCGCGCGCAUCCGCCUCGACCUCGGCCUCCCCUCCGACUUCCCCCGCUCGCUCCUCCCGCACUACCCGGACUACUUCGCGCUCUCCGCCGACGGCCGCCUCCUCGAGCUCGUCUGCUACCGGAAGGACCUCGCCGUGUCGGCCGUGCAGUCCUACGCGCAGCGGACCGGCGGCUACAAGGUCGGCGACCCCAUCGCCUUCCAGCUCUCGUUCCCCCGUGGAUUUGAGCUCGACAAGAACGUUCGCAAGUGGCUGGAUGAGUGGCAGAAGCUGCCUUACAUCUCGCCGUACGAAGAUGGUUCACACCUGGCUCCGAGGAGCGACAUCACGGAGAAGAGGACUGUGGCGGUGCUGCACGAGGCGCUCAGCCUCACUGUGGGGAAGAAGAUGGAGAAGGAGGUUUUGGUCAAGCUUGGGGAGGCUCUUAGGCUACCGCCGGGGUUCAGGAAGGUGCUUGCGAGGCACCCAGGGAUUUUCUACCUGUCGCAUAAGCUGAGGACCCAAACGGUGGUGCUCCGGGAAGCCUAUCGGAGGCAUAUGUUGGUGGACAAGCACCCAAUGAUGGGGAUAAGGUAUCAGUUCCUGCAUUUGAUGCAUAUGGGGAGGGAGGAGGCUGGUAAAGCAAAGGGCAAGGAGAGGAAGACAGUUCGUGGCGACCAAAUGAUGGGAGACGACUAUGGUGCAGAUGGGGAGAAUGAGGAUGACUAUGAUGAUGAGGAGGAUGAAGAAGAGGAUGAGGAGAACAUUGAAGCGGGUGUUGCUUCACAGGACGAGGAGAGCGAUGACGAGGAUACAGAGAACAGGGGAGAAACUGGAGAACCGCAGCAAGCCGCUAACUGAGACAAGAACCUGCAUCAUAGUUGGUCUUGUGAUGUUGGUGGUGAUGUGUGUUUGAAUUGCAUGAAUAUGCUUGAAGACCUAGCAACAUAAUGUACAAUCAGCUUCUAUAACAGGUACCAAACCUACUAGAAGAUGGUUCUUAUUUUUGUUUAACUAGGUUGUGAAGUAGCUGGUGAUUAUUAAGUGAAAUCAUCCUUGUUGUACCAUGGUGGCUUCACUUAAGUUAAUCAUAUAUAUCUUAGUUUUUCAGGUAGAUUACUGAAAGCAUGAUAGCUAUUGCCAUUCUCUCAUGUUCAAUAAAAAAGACUGCUGAUCACAAUUAAAGCUGCAAA